UCUCAUCUCAUUUUGGGUCUGUUUUGAAGUAAAAAAAUGUUUUCUUUAUCCCCAAAAAAGAAACAGUAAAACUGAAAUCUAGACAAAAACAGUUCAAAUUUCAUAUCCUGGAUUUGGAAACUGACCCUGCUAAAAAAGUGAAACUGUCAUAUAAGUUUUUAGUUGAAGUAGUGUUUUGCUCUGCUGUACUGAUUAGUAGUUGUUGGGGGAGAGAAUUUUUUGAAGCAGCUGGUCAUGGUGUGUGGCCACUCUGUACUCUUUUGUGUGUGACUCUGUGAAGAACAAAACAAACGCCGACCCCCUUUUUUUUUUUUUCCCUUCCCAUUUAGUUCAGUCUGAGUUUCACAGAUUGACAGAUAGAUCACUGAUUCCCUCUUUCUUUUUUCUUCUGUAAAUUUCCUUAUGUACAAUUAGAUCCAACCACCUGCAUUCUUCACUUCUUUUCUCUUUCAAAUUCUCCAGUGAAGAAAAAUAACCAUACCCAUCAUUUCUUCUCUGUUUUGGAUUUGGGAGUUAAUCGUUCAUGGCGACUGCUGCCAAAACCAAAUCCAGUAGUUUAUCUGAAACGACUCCAAAUAGUAAACCAUCAACGCCAAGCCCUCGGGUUAGUAAAGUUAGCAGCAGGGUUGGUGGAGUGACUAAAUCCGAUGCCGAUUCGCCCUCCCCUGUGCAAAAUCCCCGCAUUUCAGUGGAUAGGUCCCCACGAUCUGUUACUUCCAAGCCUAGCAUUGAGCGCAAGUCCUCAAAGCUUAGCACCACUCCUGAUGUAAGCAAGCCAGCAAGGCUCAGCACCACUCCAGAUGUUAGCAAGCCCGCGAAGCCUAGUGCCACUCCAGAUAAGAAAGCCACUCCACCUCGUGCAUUGAAGACGUCCGAGUUGCAGGCUGAACUAAACAGUGUUCAAGAAGAUCUUAAGAAAGCUAAGGAAAAAUUGUCCCUGUUGGAGAAAGAGAAAAUUCAGGCUCUUGACGAAUUAAAAGAAGCCAAGAAGUUGGCUGAUGAAGCAAAUGAGAAGCUCAGUGAAGCUUUGGUGGCUCAAAAGCGAGCCGAAGAAAAUUCUGAGAUUGAAAAGUUUCGAGCUGUGGAGAUGGAGCAGGCUGGCAUUGAGGCAGCUCAGAAGAAGGAAGAUGAAUGGCAGAAAGAGCUUGAAGCUGUGAGAAACCAACAUGCUGUAGAUGUGGCUGCCCUUCUUUCGGCUACUCAGGAACUUCAAAGGGUAAAGCAAGAGCUGGCCAUGAUAAAUGAUGCAAAAAAGGAGGCACUUAACCAUGCUGAUGAUGCAACUAAGAUUGCAGAGAUGCAGGCUGCAAAAGUUGAAACUCUCUCUGCUGAAGUUGUCCGGCUGAAGUCUUUGCUUGACUCUAGGAUGCAGACAGAGGCUGACGAGAAUGCCAAAUUGAUGGCGGAAAUGGAUCUUGAGAUUGAGACUCUGAAGCAAGAGCUUGAGGAAUCGAAGGGAUACAAGGAGAAAUUAUUGGAGAAGGAGUCCAGCCUUGAACAACUUAAUGUAGAGCUGGAGGCUGCAAGAAUGGCUGAGUCCUAUGCACACAGUUUAGUGGAUGAGUGGAAAAAAAGGGUUGAAGAAUUAGAGCUUCAUUCAGAUGAAACAAAGCGGUUGGAGAGAUCUGCAUCAGAGUCUCUCCAGUCAGUAAUGAAACAACUUGAAGAGAGUAAUGAUUCACUGCAUGAUGCAGAAUCGGAGAUUGCAACUCUUAGAGAAAAGGUGGGAUUACUGGAAAUCUCAAUCAAAAGGCAGAGAGUAGACUUGGACGAAUCGGAACGUCGCCUUGAAAUGGCUAAGGAUGAAGCUUCAAACUUGGAAAAGGAGGUUGCAUCUCUUACUGCCGAGAUUGAAACCUUAAAGGAAGAGAAAAUUCAGGCUUUAAACAAUGAGAAACUUGCUGCUGAGAGCGUGCAAACCUUAUUAGAGGAGAAAAACAAGCUCAUAACAGAACUGGAAAAUUCUAAGGAUGAGGAAGAAAAAAGUAAGAAAGCAAUGGAAAGUUUGGCAUCAGCUUUGCAUGAAGUUUCUACAGAAGCCAGAGAAGCCAAGGAAAACUUACUAUCUGCUCAAGGUGAGCAUGGACAUUAUGAAACGCAAAUAGAAGAUUUGAAGCUUGCCUUGAAAGAAACAAAUGAGAAGUAUAAAACCUUGCUUGAUGAUGCAAAACAAGAGAUUGAUGUUCUCACGAGUUCAAAUGAGCAAUCUAAGCAGGAGCUGCAGGAGCACGAGAAGUGGAAGACUGAGUGGGAUCAAAAGGAGCUUCAGCUGAUGAAUUCUCUGAAGAAAAUCGAAGAAGAGAACUCUUCAAUGGAAAAAGAAAUAAGUAGGUUGGUUAAUUUGCAUAAAGAGGCUGCUGAUGAAGCUGGAGCAACAAAGGAAGAAGAAAUGAGACUAAAGAAUUUACUCAAGGAAGCCGAAUCUGAGGUCACCUAUUUGAAGGAAAUUAUUGGAGAAGCAAAAGCUGAGAGCAUGAACUUGAAAGAAAGUUUAAUGGACAAAGAAAGUGAGCUGCAGAAUAUUCUUCAGGAAAAUGAGGAGCUACGAAACAGUGAAGCUGCUUCCCAGAAGAAGAUUCAGGAGUUAUCCGAACUGCUUGAAGAGGCUUUGGCCAAGAAACAAGCUAAGGAAAAUGGUGACCUAACAGACAGUGAGAAAGAUUAUGACAUGCUACCGAAGGUCGUGGAAUUUUCUGAACAGAAUGGAGGGGGAAGUGAAGAGAAGGCAAAGAUUGUACUCCCGACUGAUCACUCUGAGCAUCCACUUGAGGAAAACAUAGAAAAUGGCUCACACGAUGAAGCAAUUGAUGCCGGUAAUGAAAAGGAGGCCACAAAUGGCAAGCUUAAUCAAAAUGAGGGUCAUAAGGAGGACGAUGAUUCAGUAGAAGCUGAUUCGAAAAUGUGGGAGAGCUACAAGGUUGGGGAAAAGGACUUCUCCCCUGAAGGGGAAGCCGAGCAGGAAUCUUUCGAGGAGGAUCUGGAGUCUAAGGCCGAAGGUAGUGAGGCUGCUGACGAGGCUAACGGGGUGUCAUUGACAGGAAACCACGAGAAUGGUGGAACAUCACCAUCAAAGCAACAAAGUCAGAAGAAGAAGAAACCCCUGCUCAAAAAAUUCGGAAACCUACUGAAGAAGAAAGGCAGUAGCAACCAGAAGCAGUAGAGUCCGGUUUCCUUAUUUUCUCCUUUUUGUAAAGAUGAAUAUUGUUGGUCUAGUCUUUUUGUGUGUGUCUACUGUCAAGAACUCAUAUUGAUUUAUUCUGUAAGGAGCUUGUUGCUGUCUAGAAUUUGUUAGUUUAGAGUGGAUUUUCAAACAAUGAUGUGUAUUAUUUCUUCAUAUUUCUUGUUGGCAUUAUUAUUUUUAAGGAAAUAUAGCAAAGGUUUGAACGCUCCA